AACUACCCAUGAGUUCUUGUUUGGUGCCCUUGCUGAACUUGUAGAUAAUGCCAGAGAUGCAGAUGCCAUGAGAAUAGACAUUUAUACUGAGCGACGGGAAGACCUGCGAGGUGGAUUCAUGCUGUGUUUUUUGGAUGAUGGAACGGGAAUGGAUUCAAAUGAAGCUGCCAGUGUUAUUCAGUUUGGUAAAUCAGCCAAGCGAUCACCUGAGUCAACUCAAAUUGGACAGUAUGGGAAUGGCUUGAAAUCGGGUUCCAUGCGGAUUGGGAAGGAUUUUAUUCUGUUCACGAAGAAAGACAACACCAUGACUUGCCUCCUCUUGUCACGGACGUUCCAUGAGGAAGAAGGCAUCGACGAGGUCAUCGUUCCCCUGCCCACCUGGAAUGCACGAAGCCGGGAGCCUGUGACUGACAACAUGGAGAAGUUUGCUAUUGAGACAGAGCUAAUUUACAAGUAUUCCCCUUUCAAAUCAGAACAGGAAGUGAUGGAGCAGUUUAAUAAGAUCCGUGGUGAGAAAGGCACCUUGGUGAUCAUCUUUAACCUCAAACUAAUGGAUAAUGGAGAGCCAGAGCUGGAUGUGACUUCUGACCUGCGAGACAUUCAGAUGGCAGAAACACCCCCAGAGGGAACAAAGCCUGAGCGCCGUUCCUUCCGUGCCUAUGCUGCUGUGCUUUAUAUUGAUCCCAGAAUGAGGAUCUUCAUAAAUGGACACAAAGUACAAACCAAACGACUUUCAUGCUGCCUGUACAAGCCAAGGAUGUAUAAAUAUACUUCAAACCGUUUCAAGACCCGUGCAGAGCAAGAGGUGAAGAAAGCAGAGCACAUGGCGAGGAUAG